CUUGAUCCUCUAUUCUUACUUGAAUGCAGCCAUGGAGAGCUCAAAUUAAGCCUCACGCAGCACUACUAUCCGGCCCCGGUUUGGGUCACCUCAUCCCCGUCCUGGAGCUAGAUGACGCAGUUUCAUAUGUUAUUUUCCACAACCCAUCUGAGGCUAGGGCUGCCGGUCGGAUAAUCACUAAGCUCUCUAUCCCCAGUUGCAGAGCAGUUAUGGAGAGUUCAAAGCCUCACGCAGCACUACUAUCCAGCCCCGGUUUGGGUCACCUCAUCCCCAUGCUGGAGCUCGGGAAACGGCUUGUAACUCAUCAUGGAUUUGACGUUACUGUCUUCACCAUAUCAGCUUCUACAUCACCUGCAGAGUCCCAACUUCUCCAGUCGAUUGCCAGUCCCCAGCUCCUAAACAUGGUUGAACUCCCCCCAGUGGACAUGUCCAACCUAGUUGACGCUGAUGCUAAGCUAGUUACACGCAUUGCUGCGAUUAUGAGGGAGAUAAUACCGAGAUUCCGGACCGCAAUCUCCGGAAUGAAGGUUCGACCCACAGUCCUCAUCCUGGACUUCUUUGGAUUUGAAGCCCUCCAUAUCUUAGAAUUCGACAUGCCAAAGUACAUUUACUUCCCUGGGACUGCAUGGUUUCUGUCAUUAUCGGUAUAUGCUCCAAUUUUAGAUAUGGAGGUGGAAGGGGAGUAUGUAGAUAGAACAGAACCGCUUAGUCUUCCCGGAUGCAAACCGGUACGGCCAGAAGAUGUGGUUGACCCGAUGCUGGACCGGACGAAUCAGGAGUACCUUCAGUACGUGCGCAUGGGGGCCGGGCUGUCUAAGUGUGACGGAAUUUUGUUGAACACGUGGGAGGAUCUGGAACCCACCACGCUCAGAGCACUUAGAGAUGAAGAAGCAAUGGCACCUUUUGUAAAGGUACCGAUUUACCCUAUUGGUCCUCUGACAAGAUGUCCAGGAGGGGUAGCUCCGAGGGAGCUGUUGGAUUGGCUAGACCUGCAACCCACUGAGUCAGUUAUUUACGUCUCUUUUGGGAGUGGUGGAACGAUCACAAUCGAGCAACUCACUGAGCUGGCUUGGGGAUUGGAACUGAGCCAGCACAGAUUUAUCUGGGUGGUGCGGCCGCCCAUCCAAAAUAAUUUAUAUGGGUCCUAUUUUACGUUAGGAAACGGAGGUGAUGAUCCAAUACGUUACUUGCCAGUUGGGUUCCUAGGCCGUACCAAAACUAUUGGAAUUGUGAUCCCAAACUGGGCUCCUCAAGUGGAUAUCCUCCGCCAUCCAUCGGUCGGAGGAUUUUUAUCACACUGCGGGUGGAGUUCCACGCUAGAGAGUAUAGUCAACGCUGUGCCAAUGAUUGCGUGGCCUCUUUUCGCGGAGCAAAGAUUGAAUGCGACGAUAGUGACGGAGGAUCUCGGAAUUGCUGUCAGACCGGAGGUGUUGCCGACUAAGAGGGUGGUGAGGAGAGAGGAGAUAGAGAAGAUGGUUAGGAGGGUGAUGGUUGACAAAGAAAUGAGAAAUAGAGUAAAAGAACUAAAGAAGAGUGGAGAGAGCGCUUUAAGCAAGGAUGCGUCCUCUUAUAACUCACUCUCUCUAAUAGCCAAAGACUGAAAUCAGCGUGCGUCUGCCAGAAAGACGAGGUUCAGUUAGGGUCCAUGGUUGCUGAUUUAUGUGACAGUGUGUGUAAAAUUUGGUGUAAUGGAUGAACCGUUCUGGAAUAAGAACGUAAUAAGUAUAUGGGGUAGGCCUAUUUCCGACUCCGCCACCCAUGGAAUUUGUCCUUGUAUUAAAGUGCAGCCCCAACCCCAUGACAGUGUUUCCUUAAAGUUUGCUUGUUUUCCUUCUUAUUUUGAUUGUUGAAAUCUUAUGUAUUGGAAGGUCCGUUGAUCACUUGUUGGUCUUUUUAAGAACAUGAUGCGAUGAAUCUUGUUCGUAAUACAAACCAGCGUGCAGCAUUUUUCAACGUUUA